GCAUCUCUAGUAGGGUGCUUAUUUUUUUUUUUUUUUUUAGUUUUUGUCUAAUUUAAAAAGUAAAAAGUAAUAAAAAACCAAUCAAUCGCAGACCGCCACGUGUCAUCGAUGUUUAAUUUUUAUGUGGGGCCCAUUCUUUGUUAUAAUAUUUUUUUUUAAACUCCCCCACCUAAGCAUAUGCGUUGCUGCUGCUUUUAUACAUGAGAGUCGUUUAUUGGCUGUAACAUAAUGAGAACUAUACUUACUUUGCUCUGAUCACUGUAUAUAUGAAUUGAUCCGAUCGUGCUUCUUGAAAAAUGUCGGCUAGUCUUAGAGAAGACGAUUUACUUGCAAUCUUUAUAGUUUAAUAGUGAACAUGUACGGAAAACCUUUUCCAUGACAUAGGUGCAUGCCUAAUAUAUUCUUCUAGUUUCGACUAUUAGUCUAUUUUUAAGUUGAAUCAUCUUCAAUUCAUUUCUAUUUUUAUAUAACAGAAGAGUGUAAAAUAGAGAUAACUUUUUGUUUCAAAGUAUUCAUCUAUUAUAGAAAAAGAUAUGAGUUGGAGGAUGCUCAGCAUAUAAAAAUCAAAAAUCAUAAUCCGUGAGUGGACUGAGUUUUUCUAAUGUAUAGAGUGACUAUCAUAUUUAGAGUCAAUUUGAACAGUAUACUAAUUUCAUGCGGAAAAGAGAUAAGAGAAGGGCUGAUUCUCAACACUAGUUAAACAUAUAAAAUCUCACCUGUAUAAUCGGUAAAUACUAAAUACUCCUAAUUGCAAUGCCAACCCUUUGAUUAGUACGGCCACGUAAGUGAACGAGAGAAAGAUAUAGAAAAGGAAGGGACGACUUUUUAGAGAAAAAUGAGUAAAUGCUCUUCGCUGUCUCUAUUUGAUCAUACUACAGCCACGUAAAGGCAUUUUUUUUCUUUCAAUAUUUAUUUUUUUGUUUUUUUUUCUCUUUUGCAACAUUAACAAUUUUUUUAGAGAGAUAGUAAAAAGAGAUAAGAAGAGAAAAUAGGAGAAAGAGGAUGUUUUUGUUAGUUUGUUAGUGUAUUUUGAUUUUUUGUGUAUAUAGAUGUUGUAUCUUUGUUUGUUACUUAAAGCAUUUUAGGGGUUGCGUUAAAGAUAAAGUUAAUGUUUUCACAUGUUCACUUCACAUGGUAAAGAAGCAAAUUAAUUAAAUUCGUAAGAAAACAAAUAUAAAAUUCUUUUUCAGCAAAAAAAAAACUAAUAUAAAAUUGAUUUUUAUGCGCUAGCGUUGGAUUCGGUUUAAAUACAUGUGUGUCUUAUCUCAAUGCAUAUAUAUCCAAAGAAAGACCCAUGUGACCUAGACGCUUUGUCUUUCUCUUCACCACCCGCACUCUUUAGUGAAACCACCCUUGUAAUAAGCAAACAACAACAAAAAGAGCUAAAAUAGAAAGAUCAAUUUAAAGAAAGGAAAUACUCUUUCAAGUUCAAAGUGACAUUUUCAGAAUACCCUCUUUGCAGAAAUCCAAUAUUGGAGUCUUACUAGUUUUUAUAAAGCUUCCACACAUAUACACACACGCACUGUACCUACCAAUAUAUAUAUAUAUAUAGAGAGAGAGAGAAAGGAGAGGAUCAAGAGCGUGCGCGAGUAGAUAUGGGUAGACCACCUUGUUGUGAGAAGAUGGAGGUGAAGAAAGGACCAUGGACUCCGGAAGAGGACAUCAUCUUAGUCUCUUAUAUCCAACAACAUGGCCCUGGAAGCUGGAGAUGUGUUCCUAGAAAUACCGGUUUGCUAAGGUGUAGCAAGAGUUGUAGACUUCGAUGGACUAAUUACCUUCGUCCCGGGAUCAAACGAGGAAAUUUCACUGAACAUGAAGAGAAAACUAUCAUCCACCUCCAAGCUCUUUUGGGUAACAGAUGGGCAGCCAUAGCAUCAUAUUUACCUCAGAGGACGGACAACGAUAUCAAGAACUAUUGGAACACUCAUCUCAAAAAGAAACUCAAUCUUCAGCGUCAAAAUGGUAACACCAACGACGACAACACCAAUAUGACAGAGAUGUCGUCUUGUGAUAACAACAACAACAACAACAACAGGAGAAGCGUCAACAAAGGCCAAUGGGAGAAAAAACUUCAAACAGACAUUAACAUGGCCAAACAAGCCUUGUUCCAAGCCUUAUCACUUGACCAAGCAUCUUCAUCGAUCACUCCCGAUCCCGACUCACCAAAGCCUCAUGAUCCUCAUUCUACCACCGCUAUUUAUGCCUCAAGCACAGAUAACAUCUCUAAGUUACUACAGAACUGGACAAGCUCGUCCUCUUCAAUGCCUAACACUUCAUCACUCUCCAACAACCGGAGCUCAAGCACCGGUGAAGGAGGAGUUCUUGAUCAUCAGUACUCUUUGUUCUCACCGAACUCAGAAUCUGGAUCAGUUGAUGAGAGACUGAAUAUAAUGACAGAGACAAGUAUAUUCAAAGGUGAGAGUAAAUCAAACGUUGACAUGGAAGCAACUAAUAAUGCUACUACUGAUGAUCAUGGCUCGUUGUCUUUGAUCGAUCAAUGGCUAUAUGAUGAUCAAGGCUUGGUUGAUCAGUAUGAUGACGUUCAAGAAGAUUUAAUUGAUGUGUCUUUAGAGGGUAAAAAUAAUGGCAACAACGGUCAAGAUUUGUCCUAAGAAAAAACUGGGGAGCAACUCUAAACGUAUACCAACUACCAAGGGUAGGUAGUGUUGUGAUCUUAGUGGCAUUCAUAAUAAGGUUGCGCUCUGCACCCAAAGUCAAUUAUCGUUUAAUACGUACUUAUAAAUUAGACUAGUAGAACAUGAUUACAUUAAAUGUUAUUUUCUGUCUUAAAUAAUCCUUAGUUAUCUAUCUAUAUAUAAUAACUAACCUUGUCAUUUGUCAAUGUCACACAAUUUCGAUAAGUUAUUAUAAUGUUAUUGUUCCAGUAAAGAAAAACGAGCAUUAUGUAUCAUGUAGACUUUUGAAAUUAAUUGAAAAAAAAGAAACAUGUGCCGCUGUACCAAUAUCAAAUUGAAGAGACCGACUCAUAAUCUUCGAUAAAUCGUUAUCGUACUUAACGUGUUGCCGUGUUGGUGAUCUGGUACAUAAAGUUAGCGUCAUUGACUUUGUCAAUUACGAAACAGAGCCUAGUUACUAUAGCCCAUUUGAAACAAUAGGCCUAUCUAUUACCCAAUAAUAUUGGCUUGUUGAUUCCCUCGUGCUUUGUGUUAUGCUUAUUAGGUUAAAAAAACAAUUUUUGUUCCACGAAGAUUUUUUUUUAACGAUCAGGAACUUCUAAUAAUUGCUAUUAAAAAAAUUAAAAGUCAAGGAUAUAAAUUAUUUAUUUAUAGUAUUUGAAUAUAUUGAAUUGCUAUUGGUUUAUGAAAAAAAUAUAUAGUGUGAAUGUGUGAUAAAAAAAUUACUUUAACAAAAAAAGAAUGUGUGAUAAAAUAGUAUAUUUAUAAGUAAAACUUAUUAUUUUUACUAUGUUUAGAAUGUCCAAAAUAAAUAUAUUAUAAAUUAAUUAAUUAAUAUUUUAUCUCUGCAAUAAAAUUUUCUGAACUUUAAAGAAUAAUAUCCAAUUACAUUUAAAAUAAAUAAAGUAAAUAUCAAAAAAAAAUUUAUGCCAUAAAAAAAUAUAACUCAUUCGCAUAAGUUUUUUAUAACUCAUCCACCAUAAUACUUUUCAAAAUUACAUAUAAACUUUUUUUCUAUUUUUUGGUCUAUACGAUUUUUUUUUUAUACAUUACUAAUGAAUAACAUGAAAUUUAAAAUCAAUUUUAGAAAAUUUUAUUGAUUCUUGUUUCUUGCAAAAAAAAAAGUUGACUUAUAGCAAGAGGAAAUAUGAUGGACAGUUGUACAAGCGUAUAAUUAUAUAUUUUCAUAUUUUCUGUUGAAAAGGUAUUAAGGUGAAAGUACAGUCUACGACUUAUAAAUCAUACAUAUGUUAUAUAAGUCAUAAGUGUUUGAAGAGUUUUUAGAAAACAUGAGCAUACACUCAUAAGAAUAAACUAAAACAUAAAAUUAGAGAACUUAGCUACAAGAAUGCUAAGAGUUUCGAGUCUUGGCCACAACGGAUUUAACAUCCCUUCCGUUGGGGCGCUGGACCCCUUUCGGGGGAUAGUUGGGAAUGUGGCUGCCCAGAUACCAGAGUUAU